GUAAAAUGAUGCUAAUUAAGACUAUAAAUAAGUUGUAAUUUCAAGCCAUCAAUUUAUUUGUAAAAUGGAAAAAAAGAAAGUCAAACAAUCUAACAAAAGAAGAAAAAAUCUAGUAAAAUGAACAAAAUCAAAAAGAGGCAAAUAAAACCUACAAGAGGAGGAUAUAGUUGAAUGAUGGUUUAGAAACUAUUGGCCUAUACACUCUCAUGAUACAACUGACAUAGACAGCAAUAUUAUUAGAGAAGAAAAGAGGGAGGCGCAAGACUUGAAAUUAAAUGGACCCCAUUUAUUCUUUACCCUUUUUUUUUAUUAUUUUUUUUUAUUUAUUUUUUUAUAUUUACCAAAAACCCAACCUCCCCAUCAUAUCAUUAACUCAUUUCUCUCUUCCUCCUCUCUUCAUCUAACCCUAACCACCUCUCUCCCAAAAACACCCAUACUCCCUUCAUCCUUCCAUUUCUCUUCUCAAAUCUUCAUCUUCUCUAGCCAAUCCAUUCGGUUCCGUUUCGGAUCGAUUAUUGUAUAUUAUUGCUCCUUUCAGACUUGAGUACCUAGCUACAAUUUUCAACUUCAAAUACUAUGUUCUUAACAAGUUGAUCUAGCUAGGUAGGCUUGAGUAAUAGUUGGAUGAAUAUGGACCCGAUUUCGGCAUCGGCACAUGGGCACUCACUUCCACCUCCUUUCCAUCUCCACCCCCACCAAUUCCACCAACUCCAACCUCAGAACAACUCCGAAUCUGAACUCUCCCCCCGCCUCGGCGGGGUUGGUAAACGAGAGCGAGACGAUGAUACUACGAGCACCACCGAUAAUACCGGCACCGACAACCAAGAUUCCAAAGAUGGAGGUGGAGAUCAUCAUAAUAUGAUGACGAGGCGGCCGAGGGGAAGACCUGCUGGGUCUAAGAACAAGCCUAAGCCGCCUAUCAUCAUUACUCGAGAUAGCGCUAACGCGCUCCGAACUCAUGUUAUGGAGGUGUCCGAUGGUUGUGACAUAAUGGAAAGUGUUGCUACCUUUGCUCGCCUUCGACAGCGAGGUGUAUGUAUUCUUAGUGGAACUGGGACAGUUGCUAAUGUGACUAUACGCCAGCCGGGUUCGACCUCUAGUGGCAACGGCGGUCCUCCCGCCGUUGUCACGCUCCACGGGAGGUUCGAGAUCUUAUCAUUGGCAGGGUCGUUUCUUCCACCUCCUGCUCCGCCCGCUGCUACGGGGCUUAGCAUAUACUUAGCGGGCGGGCAGGGACAAGUUGUGGGUGGUAGUGUGGUGGGGCAAUUGUUGGCUUCUGGUCCUGUUGUUAUUAUGGCUGCUUCUUUUAGCAAUGCUGCUUAUGAAAGAUUGCCCUUAGAAGAAGACCAAGAAGGCGGUGGGCCUAUGGGAGGAAUGCAAGGUGGUGGAGGUCAACUUGGCGGCGGUGGUGGUGGUAUGGAUCAUCAAGGGAUGCCGCCGUCAGCUCAGCAGUUGCUUGGAAACGAUCCAAACGGAGGGGCCGGGUUGUUCCAAGGGAUGCCGCCUAAUCUGCUUAACUCCGUCCAAAUGCCUCCGGAGGGGUAUUGGGGCUCUGGCCGACCUCCAUUUUAAAUAUUCCCUGCAGCUGGAAAUAUUUAUCUGUAAUUUGAACCGCAAAUGUGACAACUAAUUGUGGAUGGGGGUGCUGGUCACGUGAUGAACGCAAUGCAAGGACGGUGCAAUACAAUGAAUGAAUCACCAAGAAAAGAAAGGUCAGUCAAGUAUUUCGCUUGGAGAAAACUCUUUGGUUAAUUGUUGGUAGUGCAAGCUAAGUAGCUAUCAAGAGGUUCAUUUUAGGAAUUUUUCUUUUUUUUACUUUUCAAAUUUUACUUACAUUGUAGGUAGAAGAUGAGUGCUGAUCGAUGAGAAAAAACUGUUAAUUGCCAUGUGUUUUUAAUUUUAUUUUUGUUUCUUUUUGGGGAGAUUUAGGUUUGGUGCACCCAUUGCUGCAAUUUUUUUCUCCUUACUUUUAAGUUGAUGGUAGUUUGUUGGUCAUUGAAGUUGGUGUUUAAUUAUUUUUGUGAGAUUGCAUGAUGCUUUUAUUAAUUUUGAUUGAGGAUGAUAUAUCAAUGUACAUUGUUAUUCAUUGGAAAUUAUUCUUGGUCCAAA